AGAGCUGAUUAGCAUUCAGUGGGUGCAGUUGGCCGGGAGCGAGCGGCGCGGGCAGGCGGGCGGGGGCGCGGCCGUCCCCCGGGGAGCCGCAGUGGCACUGGGCGCAGGAUGGCCGCGUUCUAACUGGGAUCCUCGCUGACGUGCGGCUGCCGGCUCCUUGGCAGCUGUCUUUGUGGACCAGUAGGCAGAGGGGAAACGGACGCUGCCGAGCCUUUUGCAUCUUGGAAGGGACUGUAAUCUACUGUAGGGAAGAACAGAACCUCUCAAUCACGCGGUGUAAAUAAGAGACGGAGGGGAGCCCAAAAGAAAAGGAAGAGGAGGGGAAAAGUGUGUGUUGGGGGAGCGGGGAAAAGCAUUUUUGGUGGAUGGUAUGAAGCCAGCCAUGGAAACUGCAGCCGAGGAAAAUACUGAACAAAGCCAAGAGAGAAAAGUGAACAGCAGAGCUGAAAUGGAAAUUGGCAGGUACCACUGGAUGUACCCAGGCUCAAAGAACCACCAGUACCGUCCCGUGCCGACCCUGGGGGACAGGGCUAGCCCCUUGAGCAGUCCAGGCUGCUUUGAAUGCUGCAUCAAGUGUCUGGGAGGGGUCCCCUACGCCUCUCUGGUGGCCACCAUCCUCUGCUUCUCUGGGGUGGCCCUGUUCUGUGGCUGCGGGCACGUGGCCCUGGCGGGCACCGUGGCGAUCCUUGAGCAGCACUUCUCCACCAACACCAGUGACCACGCCCUGCUGAGUGAGGUGAUACAGCUGAUGCAGUAUGUCAUCUACGGGAUCGCGUCCUUCUUCUUCUUGUAUGGGAUCAUCCUGCUGGCCGAAGGCUUCUACACCACGAGUGCAGUGAAGGAGCUGCACGGCGAGUUCAAAACCACCGCCUGCGGCCGAUGCAUCAGCGGGAUGUUCGUGUUCCUCACCUACGUGCUGGGAGUGGCCUGGCUGGGUGUGUUUGGUUUCUCCGCCGUGCCCGUAUUUAUGUUCUACAACAUCUGGUCAACCUGUGAGGUCAUCAAGUCGCCGCAGACCAACGGCACGGCCGCUGUGGAGCAGAUCUGCGUGGACAUCCGACAAUAUGGAAUCAUCCCUUGGAACGCUUUCCCAGGGAAGAUCUGCGGCUCCGCCCUCGAGAACAUCUGCAACACCAAUGAGUUCUACAUGUCCUACCACCUGUUCAUCGUGGCCUGCGCCGGAGCCGGCGCCACCGUCGUGGCCCUGAUCCACUUCCUCAUGAUACUGUCUUCUAACUGGGCUUACUUAAAGGAUGCAAGCAAAAUGCAGGCUUACCAGGAUGUCAAAGCAAAGGAAGAACAGGAACUGCAAGAUAUCCAGUCUCGGUCAAAAGAACAACUCAAUUCGUACACAUAAAUGUUUGCCAGAGCGUUACAGCCGACGCGUUGACAGCUCUGCCCACUGCCGAGACAGCUGCUCUGCAGUACAGAUGUGUACCCCACCAAACAGCCUAUCCACUUCACUGUCUGGCUCCAGCUGCUGGGAUGUAUUUCUAGGAACACCUUCCAGCAGGUCAAUCUUUUUCUUUAGAGCAGAUGUUGGAGGUUUCAUGUUAGCCAUUUUAAAAGGCAACACUUUGACAAAAGGAUGGUUGAUCUUUCUGAAAUUGGUGGCAUGUUCAGGUUUAUCGGUAGAGCGAUCCUACCAGAACAGGCGAUGGGGACAUGGCCUGUUCCUUGAGAGGGACCGAGGCUGUGCCGGCAUCAAGGAAUGUGACCAUCAAUUCACAUACGCCAUCUGUCCACCAGUCACUUCAUCUAUAGGGAAUAAAAUGGAAUGGGGGGGGUUCCAUUUCUGACUGCUGACAUUUAUUAAACUUUGGCUCAAAGAUAAUGUGAUUCUUAACAAUUGACUUUUUAAAAAUUAGCUGCCUUCCCUACCCCUUGAGUCCAGCCUACAUUAAUCUCCUGACCCAAUGAGAAAUCUAUUUUUCAAUAAUGCUAAAAGGAGCUACUAUAAUUCUGCUACACCUGCCCCCAAAGAAGCUGGAUUCUGACUCCUUGACAAGCUUUCCAGAAUCAAUUUUAUAAUAGAUUUCCUUUAAAUAAAAUGGCCCAGUUGUCAUUCUUCUUUCCUGGGAAAUAAAUGUCAGCUCUGCCUUAAUGAGUAUUUGUUUUAAAUUUCUAGGAACUUAUUUUACAACAGGAGACCCCAAAUCCUUCACAGACUUUUGUUCCACCAAUGUUUUUCUUAAUUAAGAAGUGUUACCUUAUUAAAAUGACCACCAUUCGCAACCAUUUCUAUGUGGUCUGAAUAGCAAGUUUACAGUUUCAUACCAACUAUCUAAAACCUAAUUACAAGUAGACCACAGACCUCCUCCUACUUUUAUAGACUUGAAUACUUAAGUGAUUUAAAUUAGGGUUGGUAUUUAUUUCAUUUUUAAAAAUCUUUCCUGGAAUAAUAAAAGUUCGAUGUUCAACAUAAAAAAAGAAAAAAAAAAA